GGCGGCGGCCAGCGGGCCGCUCCCGGAGCACGCGGUGCGUCUGCCGCUCCGGCCCAUGUCGCUGGCUUGCGGAAGUGUCGCGGGGGGAGGCGGCGGCGGCGGCGGCGACACGGAGCAGGGGAGGCCGGAGCUCGGCCCCCUGCAGCACUGAGCUCGGGGAGCCGCAGCCUGCAUGCCCCGCGCUGCGCCCCGCCGGGCCGCCGCCGCCACCGCCGCCUCCUGCUCGCGUCGCCGCGGCCGGGCGCCGGGGUAAUAUGCUCACUCGAGUGAAAUCUGCCGUGGCCAAUUUCAUGGGCGGCAUCAUGGCUGGCAGCUCCGGCUCCGAGCACAGCGGUGGCGGCUGCGGAGGCUCCGACCUGCCGCUGCGUUUCCCCUACGGGCGGCCCGAGUUCCUCGGGCUGUCACCGGACGAGGUGGAGUGCAGCGCCGACCACAUCGCCCGGCCCAUCCUCAUCCUCAAGGAGACGCGGAGGCUGCCCUGGGCCACCGGCUACGCAGAGGUCAUUAAUGCUGGGAAAAGUACACACAAUGAAGACCAAGCCAGCUGUGAGGUGCUCACUGUAAAGAAGAAGGCCGGGGCUAUUACCUCAACUCCAAACAGGAACUCCAAGAGACGGUCCUCCCUUCCCAACGGGGAAGGGCUUCAGCUAAAGGAGAACUCGGAAUCCGAGGGUGUGUCUUGCCACUACUGGUCCCUGUUCGACGGCCACGCGGGGUCCGGGGCAGCCGUGGUGGCGUCGCGCCUGCUGCAGCAGCACCUCACCGAGCAACUGCAGGACAUCGUGGAGAUCCUGAGGAACUCGGCCGUGCUGCCCCCGACCUGCCUGGGGGAGGAGCCCGAGGGCGCGCCCCCCAGCAGCAGGACUCUGACCCGAGCAGCCUCCCUGCGCGGAGGGGCGGGCGCCCCGGGGUCCCCCGGCACCCCUGCCACGCGCUUCUUCACCGAGAAGAAGAUUCCCCACGAGUGCCUGGUGAUCGGGGCUCUGGAGAGCGCCUUCAAGGAGAUGGAUCUACAAAUAGAACGAGAGAGGAAUUCAUAUAAUAUCUCUGGUGGCUGCACCGCCCUCAUUGUGGUGUGUCUUUUGGGGAAGCUCUAUGUGGCAAAUGCUGGAGACAGCAGGGCCAUAAUCAUCAGGAAUGGAGAGAUCAUCCCCAUGUCCUCGGAAUUCACCCCUGAAACUGAACGCCAGCGACUUCAGUACCUGGCAUUCAUGCAGCCUCACUUACUGGGAAAUGAGUUCACACAUUUGGAGUUUCCAAGGCGAGUACAGAGAAAGGAGCUUGGAAAGAAGAUGCUCUACAGGGACUUUAAUAUGACAGGCUGGGCAUACAAAACCAUUGAGGACGAUGACUUGAAGUUUCCCCUUAUAUAUGGAGAAGGCAAGAAGGCCCGGGUAAUGGCAACUAUUGGAGUGACCAGGGGACUUGGGGACCAUGACCUGAAGGUGCAUGACUCCAACAUCUACAUAAAACCAUUCUUGUCUUCAGCUCCAGAGGUGAGAGUCUAUGAUCUCACCAAAUAUGAUCAUGGAGCAGAUGAUGUACUGAUACUGGCCACUGAUGGACUCUGGGAUGUUUUAUCAAAUGAAGAAGUAGCAGAAGCAAUCACUCAGUUUCUUCCUAAUUGUGAUCCAGAUGACCCUCACAGGUACACAUUGGCAGCUCAGGACCUGGUGAUGCGGGCCCGUGGCGUCCUAAAGGACAGAGGAUGGCGAAUAUCAAAUGACCGGCUGGGCUCAGGAGAUGACAUUUCUGUAUACGUCAUUCCUUUAAUACAUGGAAACAAACUAUCCUGAAAACAACCCCAGGAGACUGGGAGGACUGAGGGAAAGAAAACUGGAGUGUCUUGGCGGGCUGGCACUGGGAAGUGCCCUGGCUGGGUUCCAGGUGAUAGAAUCUCUACCAAGCCCAGGUAGGGAGUUUGCUGCCAAAAGGCCUCUAGCUAUGCUUCGAGAUGACCCUUACAUUUCCACGUCUUCUUUAGUAACAGGUCUGGACACUCAACAAAAGCAAAAGACAAAGCGUGCAGCUGAGUGUUGUGUUUCUGCUGGUUUCUUGUCUAGGCCUCCCAGGUGGCGACCGCCUGUUUGGGGGGCACAGAUCUCAUAUUUAUUUUAUCUAGAAUAGCCGGGGCAGUUGUAUUCAGGUGUAACUGACAGAAGAUUCUUUAGCCUGGCAAGCUGCCAACUUCUCUCUGGAUGAAAAGUGCCACAUUAGAAGUUGGGGAUCAUGCCUCAGAAAACAGAAGCGCCCGCCUUCUAGACAUCAUGAGCUUUAUUUCAGGGAUUCUGACUUCCCCUACCUCCCCUCUCCUUUCUCCCUCCUCUUUCUCUGUGUAGUCAUGAUGAGGUGGGGCAAGGAUCUUUUUUUUUUACAUUCCUUGAAUCUCAUUUCCCUCCUGUGGAACAGGACUGGGACUUUCCAACUCUUUACUGAGGAAUUUCUGUGUCCGGAUCCAACCCAGGCUGGUUUGGCCCCGUGUCCUGUGCCCCACACUACCCAGGCAGUGGGCGCAAGCAUGGGGCUGCAUAACAGUGUUUGUUGUGUAACAUUUGUUCCUGCGUUGCAUUUCUCA